AUGGCUUCGACUACAGACACAGCCCCAGCAACUUGCAAGGUCAUGCUUUCGAAGCACGUCGCCAAUGGUCUACUUGCGGAGGUUCUCGAAGGCGUCAGGACCUUGGAAAAGCCACCCCACCUCGUGGGCUUUUUGGCCAACAAUGACCCAGCGGCGCUCAUGUACGCUCAGUGGACGGAGAAAACUUGUCAAGAAAAUGGGUUUCGGUACUCACUCCGUGAAAUUUCGCGCGAUGAUCUCGAAGAAGCCAUUCUAGCUGCCAAUACAGACCCGGAUGUUGAUGGUAUCAUCAUAUACUACCCCAUUUUCAAUAACCGGCAAGACCAGUACUUGCAACAAAUCGUCGACGUAUCUAAGGAUGUAGAGGGUCUUAGCCAUCGUUAUAUCUUCAACAUGUACCAGAAUAUCCGUUUCCUUGACCCCGAAACCAGACGCCAGAAGUGCAUUCUUCCGUGCACCCCUCUUGCUAUCAUCAAAAUUUUGGAAUAUCUUAAUAUCUACAACACGAUACUGCCAUAUGGAAACCGGCUCUUUGGACACACAAUUUGUGUGGUCAAUCGCUCCGAGGUCGUGGGUCGUCCUCUUGCAGCAUUGUUGGCCAAUGAUGGAGCUUGUGUCUACAGUGUAGACGUCAACGGUAUCGAGAAAUUCACCCGGGGUGAAGGUAUCCAGAAGAAACGACACGAGGUUCACGAUUUGGAGGGCCAGACUCUAAAAGAUGUGGCACCUCUGUGUGACGUCGUGAUCUCUGGUGUCCCUGGUAACUCGUACAAGUUCGAUACUAGCCUCCUUAGAGAGGGUGCUGUGUGUGUCAACUUCUCCAGCGAAAAGAACUUUGGACCGGAAGUUAAGGGGAAGGCUUCCAUCUUUGUACCGUCCAUUGGCAAGGUCACAAUUGUUGUUUUACUCAGAAAUCUGCUGAGACUUAUCCAGAACCGGAGAUUGGAUGAUGUGAAACCUGCCCAAGCCACUGAGCGCCCAGGAACGCUGGAGGCCGCCUCAUGA